AUGACUGCCUACCUUCCUCCUCCAGCAGGAGGAAAUGCUGCUGGAAGGGGGCCCCUACACACGCUUCUGCUGCUGCUGCUCUUGCUGCUGCUAGGCGGGGCCCCUCAGAGCGGCAGCUGUUUCCGCUUCCUUGGAAGACCCCCAAGCAACAGCAGCAGCAACAACAACAACAACAGCAGCAGCAAAAGCAACGGAGGAAACCUGUAUUUAGGGGGCUAUACGAAGGGUUUGCUGCCAGGGAAAGGAUUUAGUAGAGGGGAAUGGCUGCGUCUCCCUCAGCAGCAGCACAGGGAGCCCCCUAGAUUUAUGGGGCCCCCCUUUGCUGUUGGGUGCUCCUCUUCCUGCUCAUCAUCAGUGCAGCAGAAGCAGCAGCAGCAGCAGAUUGAGGGGGACCUUAAUGCUGUUGCAGCAGAGAUCUUGUCGCCGCUGACACGCCAAGUUCCUCCCCACAUAGAGAGGCCCCCCUAUGCAGCAGCAACAGCAGCAGGAGCAGCAGCAGCAGAUGAUGAUGAUGAUGAAUAUAGUGAUACAGCAAAAAUGCCACCACCGCUAACUAAUGAAGAGAUGGACAGGUUACGUGCUGCCUGUCGCGCCGCUCGUUUUGUUUUAGAGUGUGCUAUGGGCUUCAUCUCUCCUCCUCCCCCUCUGCAGCAGCAGCAGCAGCAACAGCAGCAGCAGCAACAGCAGCAGGAGGAAUUCCGUGUACCUACAGCAGAACCAAUAGAGCCAGGAUCUCUGGUGUCUAUUGACGUGUCUCUUUACCUAAAUGGGUUUCAUGGGGACUGCUGCUCCUCUGCGGUGUAUCUACCCUCUGACGGGGCCCCCGGGGGCCCCCCUGGGGGCCCCUAUCUAUCUCAGGUGGAGAUACAGAAGAAGCAGCAACUGGCGGAGAUAGCAGAGACAGCAACACGUAAAGGAAUAUUAGCAUGCAAGGAGGGGGCGCCGCUAUCGAAUAUAGGUAUAGCUAUAGAGCGUUAUAUCGAUAAUUUGGAUUUUUUUACUCCUCGACAAUUUUGUGAUCCACCAUCGUUGGUUUCCGUCUAA